AUGUCUAUCUUCUGCCUUCCUGUCAACCUAGCUCAUCCGGCGCCUCUCUCCCAGACCCCCCAGUCACAGGCUGCGAAACGUAAGAGGACUGACCAGGGCCAUUAUGAUGAGGACCAGGAUGCCGCACUGUCCCCGUCUCACACUUCACAUCAAAGUCCGUCAAAGGAAUACACCGCUAUUGUAACACCUCUAGAGCGUGUUCAAAGACGUGUGGCCGGUCAUCCCCUUGACCAACCAUUUCCGGAUCCUCCCUUUCCACACUCACAGUUAACCCCUAAGCACUCGACCUCGACACCAAGAGGUCGAGAUCGGACGGGCGUUCCAAGAUCGCUACAUCUACAACACCUAGCCACCCUGACGUCCAUUGUCCAUGUCAGUAUCCUGGCACAGGACUACCGUCGAGCAUCGCGGGCUUUGGGUUUGAUGUUUCGAGACAGCACCGUUGCCCGCAGUGCUGCUGUGCGAAACAAAGGAUUCAUGGGCAUCGCUGCUGAGGUGCUCCUUCGUGACGUACCAUCGCAAAAACAGCAAAGCAGCGUAAACUCGGCCCAGAUCUCUCGAUACGGACUGGACAAGGCAAAGCAACUCUAUCAAACUCUGAUUGUUCGCCAUCCCUAUCACAAGUCUUGGCCCGAGUCUGUCAACGCCGUCGACUUCUACCUGGCCAUGUUCAACAUCUGGAUCUACGCAGUAUGUGCCGAGAACGAGGUGUGGGUAUCACCAGAACGCCGCGAACUCGAGUCUAGGGACCAUGACUUAGCCACAAAGCUGGGGGAACUGGAACAAGCGAGCGAAAUUGCAUCAAAGAUGGACGACUGCAUGAGUACCUUGCCGUACAUGGAUGAGCCAGAGUUGAUCAGACUGCGUGCCAUGGUAGAUCUGUGGAUUGCCGAUCUCUACGAAACCUGUGGUGUUUUCCCAGCACCGGAUGAUCAGCUGAGUGAUGUAGGUUCUAUGGCGGCCUCAGACAUUCAGGUCAACCCACAGGACUAUAUGUUGAGGGCAACAAGGUCACGUGAGCAGGCGGCUGCUCGUUUCGCCAAAUUGCGAGGCCAGGCACGUGACGACAUUUCACCCACUUGA